AUGUCGACCACUUUGGUACUCGGCACCAAAAACCCAAACGUCCGUCUCCUCGAGUGUCUCACCACUAUGGAUGAGGAUGACACAAAGGACAGUGACUAUCGCUGCGUCGUUGAUGGUCACCAUGUCAAAUAUGUGACCACAGCACCAGGCAUAUUCUGCGAUGAGCCAGAGGGUGAUCGGAACUAUGGGCCCACUUUGCUCAGCAGACUUCUUCCAACUUUUCCUGGCGGAGAUUGGAACCAAGGUCGUGUAGCCAAAGAUCCUUCGACAGGCGACAUAUCCUUCGUAACAACAGAAAAAGUGACGUUUCCUAGCGUCAAGAAUGUCUGGCAUCCGUUGCUCCUAAAUGAGUUGGACUUCACAGAGCAGGAAUACCUACACCCAGGCGUUCACAUCGCAACACACCCCGAUUUGAAUGAAGGCGGGCCGGUAGUGAUCAAAGUCGCAAAUUGGCCGUGGGAGGUCGGAUCGAAUGAGAUCGAGACAACUGCCUAUCAAUGGAUCAAUGGCCACGGUAUCGGACCAAGAUUUCUUGGUCACGUUACCGAGGGCAAGAAAGGACGAGUGGUGGCUUCGCCCUCGAAUAUGUGCAAGGUGCGAGACAUGCGGGACCCGACGACUUUGAGAGCUGCAAGAAAGUUUUAG